GAGGCAAGAGGUUCAAUUCCCCAACGCUCCCCAAAGGCAACGGAAUCGAGUCGUCGUCGAGCCGUGCUCCUCCAAAUUCGAACGGACGAGACCGCAAGCCGAAACCCGAGCCGGCCGCCGGCGAGAUGGCCAGGCCGUGGUGAUCUCCGGCGGUUUUGGGGUAGUGCGGUGCGGGGAUGGAUUUCGCGGGGAUGAAGCGGCGGGAGCUGCAGGCGCUCUGCAAGCGUCACGGCCUCCCCGCCGGAGGCACCAACGCCGACCUCGUCGCCCGCCUCGACGCCGCGCUCUUGGGGGGCGCUCGUGCGGAAGAGCAGGAAGGUGUGGUCGGAGUACCAGAGAGGAAGGGGUGUCUGAAGCGCUCGGUCGGAGAUGCUGGCGAGGCGAAAAAGGUGACUUUCGCGGUGGAGGAAUCGAGGGGGAGGAGGCUGAGGUCCCGGGUCGUCUGGUCGCCCGUGGUUGCCAGGACUAGGGGGAAGCGUUCUGAAGCUGGUAGUACUGAUUCUGCUGCUGAUCCUGGAAUUUCCGCAAGGGCAGGUGAAAAUGUUCCAGUGAGACGCUCCAGGAGAAAUUCUUUGACUGCUGCUGAGGUCGAGGAAGUAGAAGAAGCUGUUGCUGUUGGCAGGAAACGGAAGCCAAAGAGCCAGGAAAUUGCUGAGGACGUUGCUGUCAGUGCUCAGCCUGUAGCUCCUUGCAGAGUCUCGAGGAGGUCGAGCUUGUCAGGAACCACCGUUCUGUUGCUUCCUGCUGUUGAGAAGAAGAGAGGGAGGGGGAAGGCAGCAGAUGGUAAGAAUAAACUUGUUACUGAGGAGCAGGCUGCUGAGGCUCAAGGUUUGUCUGCAGCGGCGCCACCUACAGUUGUGGAGAGUAAGAGGGGCAGGAGGAAGGGACCUGAUGUGCAGAAUUCAUCUAGGGUGGAAGUAUCCGCUAGGACCACAAGAUCCCGCUCAGUAGAAGCUGUUGUGAUGUCGCCCCCUGUGCUUGAGAACAAGAGGAAGAGGAAGUCAGGAGAUGCACAACCAGAUGUAGAGCUGCAUCCAGUUGCGGAGGUGCCUAGAAAUGAUGCUCCUGUCACCAGAUCUUUGAGGAACAGGGUUGUCCAGGUUAACAACAGUACUGUGGAGGAAACUCACACUAGCCAGCAGCCAGAAAACAAGACGCAGCCUACUAGACCAGCUACGUGCAGGAAUCAACAGGUUGCAUCUUCUAUGGAGGAAGAAGAUCAAGAACAAGUUGCUGCUCCUAGUAAGGCCCCUCCAUCGAAGCGAUCAAGGAGAAACAAUUCCAAGCCCAGAAAUGCAAAUUCAGAAAGCAACAAAUUGAUUAGUGCUCCAGUGGAGGCCAAAGACUCAAAAAUAGCUCACCCAUCGACACACCAUAAUGCUAAGGCUGAAGAUGCGGAGAAGCAACCAAUAGUCAAUGAACCUGUUAGGCGAUCAACACGUAAAUCUGUUGUCUCAGCUAUGCUUGAUAAUGAGAAGGGUCUAAUUGAAGAAAAGAACCUUGAAACACAUGCUAGGAGAUCAACGCGGAGAUCUAUUGUGCCGGUUGAAGAUAUCAAAGGUGCUGGUGAAGAGAUUCAGAAUGCUAAGGGUGAAGAUGCCGCAAAGCAGCCAGCAGUUAAAAACCCUAUUAGGCGAUCAACACGUAAAUCAGUUGUCUCAGGCAUGCUUGAGAAAGAGAAGGUUCUCAUUGCAGAAAAUAACCCAGAAGCACACGUUAGGAGAUCAAUGCGGAAAUCCGUUGUUCCAGUUAAAGAUAUUAACGGUGUUGGUGAAGACAUUCAAAAUGCUAAGAGUGGCACUGUGGAGAAGCAAUUAGUUGUGAAUCAACCUGUCAGGCGUUCAUCACGUAAAUCUAUUAUGCCAGAUACACUUGAGAACGAGAGUGGAUCUCUAGUUGAAGAAACGAAUGCUGAGGCACAUGUUAGGGCACGGAAGUCUCUUCUUCCUAAUAUGCGUAACAAGGAGGACCCUGAUAACAGUCAAAUGACCAGAAACGAGAACUUUCAAAUUGGUAAAUGUGAAGAUGAGAAACAACAAAAAGUAAAGGAACAUGUUAGGCGAUCAAGGAGAUCUGUUGCCGCAGUGAUGCUUGAGGAACAAAAUAAGGGUCUUCAUGAGGGGAAAAUGUCAACAAUUCCUGUGAGGAGAUCAACACGUAAAUCUGUUGCUCUCAAUGUAGUUGAAAAGGGGAGCAAUCACACUGAAAAGGUUGGAAGGGAACAGUCAGGAGUUGGAACAAGGAGGCUGAAAGCAAGAGAUAAACUUACAGACCAUGCUGUGGCUGUGCCUGUGGUUCCUUCUGAAGACGAAUUGCAGGUUGAUGUGCAGAAAAAUCAAGACCUGACAGUCAAAUCUCCAAAUCAUAAGUUAUCUGAUGGUAAUGAGACACAUCCUAGUUCAGACAAGUUUGUGUCGUGUGAGAGCGUUGGUGAAGAGGGCUUGAAAUUGAGAGUGCACAGAACGUCUUCAGUGGGAACAUCAUCUUCAGCCAAUGAUUUCUGGGAUAUGGAAGAUUUUAGUGGACAGAAAUUCAGGAAGCAACAGAGCACACAAACCCCAUGUGAAAAAGAUAACACAAGAGCUAACUAUGAUAAGCCACAGAGAGUACAGCAGGCAUCAACUUCCACAACUUCAAAGGGAAGGUCUUCAAAGAGGAGACAGACAAGGACAACUGCUCCAGAAGAAGUUAUGUCCAUUGAGGAGGCAAAUGAUGGCAUGGUUAUCAGGGAAGAAACAAUGGACACACAUAAAGCGUCUCAAGAAUAUAGUAAGGAGUCUAGUAGCAGAAGUCAAGAAAUUUGUCAGGUUAGUGCCACAAGCGAAGGGUUCUCUUCAGGUCCAUUGCUUGCAACAGUAACACUCCCUGAUGAGAUUUACGCAAGACAGAGUGUGCAUAAGGUGAUACCUGCGUCAGAAACUGGUGGCCUUGCAAAGGAAAGUUCAGAGAAGAGUAAACAACCUCAAGGACACUCUGACAUUCAAGCUGAUGAUAGCCAUUUAUCUGAAAUAGGAAAUGGGGAAUUGGAUCAAUCAUCAAGCAUCGCAGAACUACUCCCACACAAUGGUUUUGUCACAGAGGACAAAACAUUGAUUGGUGAAGAUGUUUUGCCUGUUGACUUCACUGUUGGAGAUGAUGAAGGGCAAAGCCCUGUAUCUGGGCAAGGGAGAGUUGACUGGGAAGCAAAUACAAGUGAGUCUGGAGAAAAGAGCCUAGCUGAUGACAGGUCCACUGGUCUCCACAACAAAAGUCUGCAACAUGAUAUUGACAUAGUAGCUAAAGAGUCUGAGUCUGGUGAAGAUGUUGUGCCAAUGAGUUUCACCACUGAAGAGCAUGGAAUAAAAUAUUCAGUAAGCCCUGUUGCAGUGGAAAGGAGUGUUAUUGGGGAAGCAAGUACAUGUGAAUCUGCAGGGAAAACAUUAACUGGCAUCUUGUCUAAUGAUCUCUACACCAAACAUCUGCAACAUGAUUGUGAUGUAAUAACUAAAGAGAUUGGUGAAGCUUCGGGAUCUGCCGUAGAAAUAUCAGACAAUACUCCAGAAAUUCACUGUGACGCGAUUGCUGAAGGAAGUAUUCGAGCUGCUGAUCUGGGGAGCUGUCCCAGCAGUGGUGGAAAAGGGAACCCUCUUUUGAAAAAUCUGCAUGACAGUAUUCUUCCAGUAAUGAAUUCUGCUCAGAGAUGUUCAUCAUAUGGAAGACGUUCGUCAUUUGGUCUUGAGUUUCUGUUAGAAGACUGCAAAGAAAACUGUUCCAGAAAUGUGGAAAAUAUUGCUGUAGAAGUUGAUGGUGGAAACAAACCUAGCACCUGUGUAACUCCUGAUUUGUAUGUGGGAUCAGAUUGUGGUCUGGAAGAUGAGGAUGUGCAACCUACUGGAUUUGAUGCUGAUAAGAAACUUGAUGUGGAUCUGGAUGCCGCAGAAGAAGACGUUGUUGACGAAAAAAAUUAUGAUGAACAUGUUGCUGCCAAACCUGACCUAAAAAUAAAGUUAAAUGGUGAACAUAAUGGUCUUGAUAUGGAAUCAGAUUGUAGCAUUGCUGAAAAGAACGUGAGGCUUGUUGAAGAUAAUCCUGAUAACGAAGAAGUUACAGUUCAGGUCCAGCAGGCUAAUGUACAAGAAGGUGAUCCUGAGAAGCCUUCACAAUUUUCAGCAACACCAGAGUGUAAACAUGAAUGUGGUUUGCCCAACGAAGCAGUAUUGCAUUCAAAGAAGAACAAGGGAUGUUUAUCCAGUGAAGAACAAUCACCGUUUGGCCUACAAUCCCUGUUCUCACAGCAAAGUAUAGAAAAAUCUGUGGAGUGUGGUACCCUUGCAUCUGCAACAAUUCAUGCAGAAAAUGGAUUUGAUGAAUUAAAAUAUGGCCAUGUGAAGUGUUCACUAAAAAAGACUCGUGUGUCAGAACCUUUUUCACAACUUGAUACUAAUGAAGACAGUUGUACGGUUUCCCAAAAUGAUGAUUGUAUGUUCAUAUCCCAGCAAGAUAAGGGAAUAGAAGGAUUAUCAAAGGCAAGUCUUGAUGAAGAAUCGGUUCCAUCAGGCUUUUCGUCGGACGCAAAGCACAUAAAAGAGGUCAUUAAUUCUGAGGAAGGGACCUGUAAGGGUGAAGGAAGUAAGGAAGUUGUUCAUUCUGAUGACCUUAAAGCUUCAUCUGAAGAAACAGAUGUCAAUGGGCCAGAUACUAUCGAAUAUUCUUCAUUUAGUUUUGCAACUCCUGGUUAUAAGCACAAUGAUGCUUUGUCUGAGGAAGCAGUGCGCACAAUGAAGAAAUAUGCUGGAACAUGCUCAUCAAAUCCCAGAGAAUUACUUAUGGACCUACAGUCCCUGUUCUCAAAGGAAAACAUUGAAGAAUCUGAUCCGCAUGAUGGACUUGCAUUCUCAAGUGCUAAAAGUCCAGGAGAUGAAUCAAUUGAUGUGAAACAACAGGUUGAGGUACAUCUUGGUUCUAAUCCAUCUCAGUUAGAAUCAACUGAUCUCUUGGAUGAACUGAUUGGGUGUUCUAAGACUGAAGUGCUGCAUCAGGGUCAUAAAGGUCUAUGCAGAGAGGAUAGAGAAGAGCAAGUUGCUUCUGGACCCUUCACAAAUGAUAUUGUGGAGACUGCUGCUGCCAAAUACAUAGAAAGUGGAGCUGUGCUGCUCCCGUCCGAAGAAAGGUCAAAUUUGAAAGAUGGGCAGCUUAACUCCAAGCAGGAAAACCCAAUAGUUAUGGGAUCUAGCCUGAACUUUGAUAAAGAUGUAGAUGUUACUAAUACUUCGUUCAAUGAGUCUAUUGUGGAUAUUGUUGAUCAAAGAACUCCAUCUGGUUCGGCUUUACCAGAAGAUUGUCGUACAGAUCAUAACCCGCAACGAGAGGUUUUAGAUGGCUGCUCAGUGGAAUCAUCUCUUCAAGGGUCGACAAUGGUUACUAAUAAAAUUGAUUCUGGUGUAGCAGGUACUAUUGGUAUUGGGAACCCUUCAUUUAGUUUAGCAACUCCUGAUCAUAGACAUGAAGGUGUUUUGUCUGAGGAAAAAUAUACUGGAACACGCUCGGCAGAUCCCAGACAUUUACUCAUGGAUCUGCAGUCUCUUUUCUCAGAGGGAAGCGUUGAAAAAUCCAAUUCGCAUGAUGUUGCAUUUUCAAGUUCUGAAAGGGGAAGAAAUGAACCUACCAUUUGCCAUGUUGAGAAACUGGUUGACACACUUGUUUCUUCAGAACCUGAUAUGUACCAAGGCCUUUGUCAAGAUCUCAGUAGAGCUGAAGAAAAAGAGAGCUGCGUAUCUAUUUCCAUGCAACUAAAUCCUGAGCUGAAGGACGAUGAAGUGGAGAAACACAACUUAAGCUGUGAGAAAGACGCCAGUCAGAUUCUUGGCAUAACUAGAUCUGUGCUGAGCAAAACAGCCCUUUUACCCAAGGACAGUGAUACCAUUUAUUGGCAGGAACAGGAGCUACCAAAUGACUUAUCCCCACUUAAAUCUGGAAUUUGUCAAUCUCACGGCCAGAAACACAUAGUUGAAAGCAACUCCAGGCUAUCGAGUUGCGAUACUGAAGUGCUCCAUAAAGAUCAUAAAGAUGAAAGAAACAUACGUAAUGAAGACAAAACCAUUCCAAAAGUCCUUGAAAAUGACAUGCCUGAAGUUGCCCCAAUCAAACGACUGGAAAGUGCAAUAAUGCUGCCCUCAGUUGCUGGAAAGUCAGAAAUGUCCGACGAGCUGCUUAACACCAAGUUGAGUGAUGGAGGCGAGGAACACAGCUUUAGUUCUGAUAAAUAUACAAUUAAAGAUUUCUGUACUGGGCAUGCGAAGAACGAUCUGUUCCCUCUGCCCAAGGACUGCCAUAUAGACUCUUGCCAGAAACAGGAGAUCCCAGAUGUCCUUUAUCUACCUAAAUCUCCUGAAGAAUCUACAAAUUGUCAGGAUGAGAGUGUUUCAGGAUCAGGACCUUGUCAGACUAGUUGGCAACAGUGUAUAAAUGAAAGCAGCAGUGUGCAGGUGACUUCUAAUAUUGAAGUGCUCAAUCAAAAUCAUGAGGAAGGCAACCAAAAUAGUGAAGGCCAAAUUACUCCUAUUCGAAGCAUUGUGUCUGAAGAUGCAGAUACUGAAAGAUCAGAAAGGGAAAUAGGUCUGACCCCUCCUGCAGGACCGUCAGCAUUGCCGGAUGAGCAGCUUAACACGAAGGUGGAGUGCCACGAAGCUGAACGCAACUGUUGCUAUGAUGAGGACACUUCGAGCUUAUUUGAUACUGAAUCGCUGUACAGCAAAGCAUCCAGUUUGCACGAAGACACUCGUAAGGAUACUUCUCCAAGUGAUCUAUCUGCUCCGAGAUCUCCCGAGGAAUCUACAGUUUUUCUGAACUCUUCUGUUCCGGGAUCAGUAGGAAUCUGUCGAAGCAGCAGGAGAAGAGGUAUAGACGAACUCCGCGCCAAGCUGCAGAGUUUCAAAGUCUCCAGCACUGUAAAAGGAAGCUACAUUGCUAUGAGUGCCCCUCGCCCGAAGCAAGGUGACAAUCUGAGCCAAUCUGCAAUCGCGUUGCUCCGGAACAGCGAGAACGCACCUGCUGUUAAAGUAGGCCAUCCUGGCAAGCCGGACCCUGAUCUUCCGGUCGACAAGCGCUGCAGCCCAUCAGUGGAAGAUCAAGGGAUCACUGAUAGGCAGUAGGGCGUACGCCGUAGUUUAUUAUUGUGGACAGUUAGCGUUUGUGCUCAACAUUAGUUGGUGGUGGUGGUGUUCAACCUUUGGCUGAAGGUUAUUAGGUGUGCAUCUGACCGGAAACUAUCCGUGUGUUUGCGCAGCGUGUAGUGACGAAGCUGCUCUGUGCAUUUGUUAUUAGCAGUUAACAUAUUGUGGGUGUGGUGGCCGUGGUGGAAAUGUUAAGCAACUGGCAGCCGUACAGUUGGUUAAUUGGUUAUGCAGGCGUUUGGUUUUGGCUUUUUUGUAAUC